AUGGAAGUAUUGAAGCAAGUGAGAACACAGCAUUGUAGAUUGUUUACUCAGUCAUGCAAUGAUUUUGCAAAAAUUGAGACUGAAAUGAACGAUGAAGAGAAAUUGUCGAAAUUAAGAAUCAUAUCAGAAAAAGGAUCACCUGCUGAUGAACUUUCAAAGAGUUUUCCUCCGAGUGGAGAGAGUUAUAAAACAACAAUUAAUCAACUUAAAACUCGGUAUGGAAAAGAUGAAUUGUUGAUUCAAGUGUAUGGGAGAGAGUUAUUAGCUUUAGUAUUACAGAAGCAAAGCAAAUCUGAGAAAUCUCUGCGGAAACUUUAUGAUCAACUGGAGUCAAAACUUCAAUCACUAGAAGUGUUAGGAGUAACAAGAGAAAAAUAUGCUGCAAUGUUAUUUCCUCUAGUCGAGUCGUCUAUUCCAGAGGAAACGCUCAAGACGUGGGAAAGAUAUCGGACUAUAAACAAACGGUCGAUUAUUCAUGUUGUUCCAAACGUUGAAGGAGCUGAACCAACUACCAAGACUGAUUUGGAUACUUUGCUAGAGUUCUUAGAGAGAGAAGUAGAGGCUGAAGAGAGAGUGAACAUGGCAUCUCAAUCCUUCGUGAGAAGUACAGAUGAUGGUGAGAAACGAAGAAUUCCUACGAAUGGUAGAUUCCAGUUGAAACAAAAAUUUGGUAAAUCUGCACAAGUACCUUCCACUUCUGAAUUGCUUACUUCACCACAUGAUAAGAGAAAGUGCCUUUUUUGUGAAAACCAGCACAAUUCUUGGAAUUGUGAAUAUGCAAAAAAUUGGAGUUUAAAUGAUAGAGAAACUGCUGUUGCAAGAUCACGUUGUUGUUUCUUAUGCUUACGACUAGGCCGCAGAGUAAUAAAUUGCAGACAGAAACCAUGCUUUAAUUGUGGUAAAAAGCACAACAUACUUCUUUGUAGAGAAGUUGCGGCCAGUAAUGAAGUUCAAAACCCAGAGAGUAAAGCAACCACUCUAGUCCUGCUCAUAAGAAAUGGAGAUAAAGACAAACUUGUGAGAGCUAUUAUUGAUACAGGCUCUGAGAGAACAUAUAUUACGAGAGACGUAGUCAAAUAUUUGGGUAUAGAGAAAUGCGGAGAAAUUAAGUUAGUACACAAAUUGUUUGGAAGUGUAUCAUCAGGUGAAAAGUGUCAUUCUCAAUACAAACUUACUUUAGCGAGUACUGAUAACAAAUUUAAUUGCAAAGUACUUUGUUUAGAUCAACCAAUGAUUUCUGAUUAUGUCAAACGCAUCCCUAAUGGUCCAUGGCUGAAAGAGUUGAAUGAAUAUGGAAUUUGUGUGAAUGAUACUGAGUACAGUUCUCUAGGAGUAUCUAAUGACGUCAAAUUAUUACUUGGAGCUGAUGUGGCCGGCAAGCUUUUCACUGGCAAUGUAAAAUGUUUGAUUGAAGGUCCUGUUGCCGUUGAGUCACAUCUAGGGUAG